CAUAGUCAAGUCUGAUUGUUUUCAUAACUCUUUUGAAUUUGGAGGUUAUGAAUGAUUAAUAACUUCACUUGCCAGGUACGCUUCGGUGGCGUUUGUUUUCAAUAGUGUACGUUUUCAUACCGAGGUUGUAUCAAAGGAGGAUGAAUGGGGCUUGGUAAAUGUAUCUGAUUCAAUACCGGUAAUGGGGAAAAGGUAUUUCUGCGAUUAUUGCGACAGGUCGUUCAAAGAUGACCCGGAAGCAAGAAAGAAACACCUGUCAAGCUUACAACAUGCCAAAAACCGGGCUGAUCACUACAAUCUGUAUAAAGAUCCUGAGACGAUAUUAAAAGAAGAGACCGCAAAGAUACCGUGCAAGCGAUUUAUGACUUAUGGGGACUGUGCCUUUGGAAAUGGAUGCAGAUUCUCACAUUACCCUCCGCCCUAUAUAUGGGAAUUGAGACGAAUCGUCGAAUCAAAGAACCGAUCCGCUGGAUCAAUAGGAGCAGGACCAAAUCCUGACGACAUCGUCAAGGAAUUUUUUGAAACAACUUUGGACGAAAGCAUCAUCGAAGCGAUCGACUGUCCAAUCUGGACGAUUCCUGCCGAAUUCCAUAAUUAUCCAAAUCUGCCUCCGUCUUUACACCCAAUUACACCAGAAUCUAUAACUAAUUCAAAUUUUGGAAAGUGGGGUUAACAAUGUGAUACGAUUCAUAAAUAUUCCUACAGCGUAACCUUGGAACCUCAUUUAUUGCGAAUCGACACGUGUUGGAAUUUUUGGCCAUGCAUCCCCUGCAAUACUGUUAUAGAAUAAAGGUAGAAAUCAAGGAAA